AUGCCUGCACAAUCAUCAUCUGAACAAAAGGUGGUCUCAUCUAAACAGUGCUAUCGAUGCCUAAAAAUGGGUCAUUUCCAAGCUGAUUGUCCCGCACAAACCCUUUGCUAUACUUGUGGCCACGCCGGCCAUAUCGCAGCCCAAUGCACUGCUCCAAUUAGAACAACUCCAUACCAACCAUUUAGACCAUAUCUUGGAGCUCCUUCUUCUUCUUCUUCUUCUUCUUCUUCUUCUUCAGCAUCUCCAGCAUCUCCAGCACCAUUCAUUCCAUCCUCUUCACCAUCAUCAUCAUCUUCAUCUUCUUCAUCAUCAUCAUCUUCAUCCUCAUCAUCAUCAUCUUCUACUCUGGCUGAACCUGUAUCAGCCCUUACAUCACCAUCAGUAUCAUCAGCAGCUCUUUAUGAUCCAUCCAUAUCACAACACCUUCCUCCAUCCCAACAGCAGCUGCUACAACAACAACAACAACAACAAGGCUCUUAUGCUCCAGCUUACUUUAAUCCAUACGGAUUCUCGUACCCACAAUAUAUGCUACCCCGUCAAACUCAACAAUACUCUUCUCCUUUGUUUGUUCCAGGAGACCCUUCUUACUAUGCACCAUUUCCUUACUUGGCGGCAACCACCCCACCUGAACAUAUUUUUUUCCAACAAGGCGACGAGGUUCAAGAAGAAGAAGAAGAAGAAGAAAAAGAAGAUGAUGAUGAAGAUAAAGAUAAAGAAGAAGAUAAAGGAGAAGAAAUAGCAUCGGAAUUGACAUCCCCAAGUACUCCUACUGCAACAACUCCAAGACCCUCCACUCAAGUAUCUGCAGAUGAACCUCUUGGACUGGAUUCUAACCAAGAACUGGCUGACCCUGAUAAGGACCCUUCAGCCAGCCGUCUAUCACCGUCCUCCACCACCUUUCCUGAUAAGCAAUCACUACCACCACCAUCCACCAAACGCAUUGUUGUCGUUGAAUCUGCCCGUCGUCCCCGUCCUCCAGAUGGCGGAACUUCACCUCCUCCAGCUAGUACCGCCGGGUAUUAUCCUUCAUUACCCAAUGCAUAUGGCCCAUACUAUUACUAUUAUCCUGGUGGUGGUAAUAGUGGUAGUGGUGGUGGCACAGGCGGUACAGGUGGCACAGGUGGCCUUCCUUUCUUUAACCCUCCUCAUGGAUACAUUCCUCAACCCACGCCAUCAACAUCAUCCUCCCGUACCGGGUCACUUGCCGGGUCUCCUGUCCCAACUUCUGCUUCACUCCUAGGCCGUGGACGUCCUUCCGAAAAUGUCCCGCGUAAAUGUUUUUCUUGUGGCGAACCUGGCCAUACGAACCGAACAUGUCCAACAGUCCCCUAUGUUCCAGGGAACCACCACUACCAGAACUUUAAGCAGCCUUACCGGUGCACUUAUUGUAAUCGUCAGGGCCAUUUGUACCGAUUCUGUUACGAAAGAGCAAAAGAUCAUGCUAAUGGCGGGUACGCACAUGCUCCGCUCAUGGACUAUUACCCGCCGCAACUACAAGCUUCAACCACUCCUCUGGGCCCGGCUGGGUACGCAGUGCCCAGCUUAACACCCGUGACCAGUGAUAAUGAUGAAUCGGCGGGACUUGAAAAGAAGGCGUAG